AUGUCGACGAGCGGCGGCGGCGCGCGGUCGUGGUCGCCGCCGCGGCGGCCGAGCCGGUACGACUCGCAGAAGCGGCGGGACUGGCACACCUUCACGCGGUACCUGGCGGCGCACCGCCCGCCGCUGGAGCUGUGCCGCUGCAGCGGCGCGCACGUGCUCGAGUUCCUGCGCUACCUCGACCGCUUCGGCAAGACGCGCGUGCACGCGCCGCUCUGCGCGGCGUACGGCGGCUGCGGCGGCCCGGCGGUGGCCGCGGCGCCGUGCCAGUGCCCGCUGCGCCAGGCGUGGGGCAGCCUCGACGCGCUCGUCGGCCGCCUCCGCGCCGCGUUCGAGGAGCGCCACGGCGCGCGUGGGAGUGGGAUCUGGACGUCGUCGCAGUCGCAGCAGCCCGCUGCCGACGGCCGCGGCGUCGGCGUCGGCGACGCGGAGGCCGCCAACCCCUUCGCCGCGCGCGCCGUCAGGCUGUACCUGCGCGAUAUCCGCGACGCGCAGUCCAGGGCGCGCGGCAUCUCCUACAGCAGGAAGAAGAAGAAGCGGGGCAAGCAGCAGGACGGCGCCGCCGCCGCCGCACCUGGGUGCGCCCGCCCGCACGUGAACGGCGCGACGACGUUAAUGCCUGCUGCUGCUCUGCCGCCCGCACCGCCUCCACCACCGCCGCCGCCGCCGUACUGCCUCGCCGGUGUGCCCUUCGAGUUCUGUGACUACGGCACCGUCCUCGGAGGAGUUACCGCCAAUGGUGCGCCUGGUUUCUACCUGGCAUCACUGUUCAACACCUUCGGCUAG